AUGUCUACCCUGAGCUUAUUCAACACUGCCUAUUCCGAAUCAGUUUCUACAUAUCUGCUCUAUGACCGCUGGGCCGCAACUUACGACACAGACCGUAAUCCUCUACAGAUCCUCAACUCUGUCCUCAUUCCCUUCUUACUGAAUACACUAUUCUCACUUCCAUCCGAUGGCCCAAAUUGCCUUAUAAUCACCGACUUGGGAUGUGGCCGCAAUACUAUCCGAUUCCUCACACCACCUCUUGCAAAGAACAUAUCCAAAAUUCACGCGCUUCAUGUUUCACCCGCUAUGCUUGAAAUUGCUCAGUCUUGUUGCGCUUCCUUCCCCUCUGACAACGAUGUUACUUGUCCCAGUAUCCAAUUCGAUGAGUUCAAUGCCCUUAAUCUUCAAAAUAAUCUCGAGGCUUCGAAAUUGAUCAAAGGGAAAGCGGAUAUUGUGAUUAGUACUCUUGUCCUUGGGCAUCUCCCCUUUUUGCGUUCUUCUCAGCUGUAA